AUGACCAACACAAUUCUAUACUUGUAUGUUUAUUUUCUUCUAUAUUGUUCUGUAACAAAAGCUGAAGACAACCAAGAAACUUUUGAAGAAUUUGCUGAAGACAAUGACGGAGAUUUACCUCCAACAUUAACCAUAUACGAAGGCAGUAGAUGCAGUGGGAAAGUGUUGGCUACUGGAUAUUGUGAUGGUUGCUUUGGAUGGGGAGGUGUUUAUCGAGAACUUUCAUUUAGAGUAAGUACAGUCAAUGCUCAGCCAAAAACUGCCUUGAAGAUAAAGCCUUCGCAUAACAACCAAUUUCAAAGGCCACAAAAUCUUACAAGGAAAGUACCCCAAGUGCGACGCUCAGAUUUUCUUUAAAUUUUACACACACGACGGUCAUGAACUAAAUAUCAAUUCCUGAAGGUUUUAGCCCGCGCUUUGCAGGCGCAACCGAGAUAUUCAACGAUCUUUGCCGCCGAGAGAUUACGCUAAAAGCGGAGAGCGGUCAGAGAGAUAAACACUUUUUGGCCACAACUUUUCAAGUUUCGUGCGGAAAAAAUUGAUUUUUUGUGGAAACAUUACCAUCUAUGGUAGAAAUAGGCAUGAAACUUUUAGUGCCAAAAUUCGGCAAAAAGUGUCAAAUUUUCGCCGACUUUCGAUCUAAAAUCUCGGUUGUUUUCGCAAAACGCGGGUUAGGAUUCUCCCAGAUAUUUUAGGAAAAAUAAUUCUAAAUCUGUGCCAAGUUUCGUCAAAAUCUGAGCGUCUCACUUGGGGCACUUCUCGUGCUGGAUUCGAGACUCCGCACAACGAAACCCUUUGUUAAAAGGCGAAUUUUUAAUCGCAUGCGAUUCGAUAUAUAUGGCUCGGGACUUCUAAAUCUCUCCGCAAGAGUCUAUCCGAACCCUGCAAAGUACAAAGUUAAAAGUUGCGCAAUCUGACAUAAUAUUGCGCAAUUUCUCUCUUUGUAAGAAUUUCUGCCUUUCUCUGUCGUCUCCUCCUUUUUUGUCAACUUUUAACUUAGGACUAAAUUUCCAGGGUUCGGAUGGACUCUUGCGGAGAGAUUUAGAAGUCCCGAGCCAUAUAUUAUAAAGAGCUGCCGCUGCGCUUAGAAUUUCAACUUGGCUAAUUUCAACUUUAUUGCGCUAGACAAAUUGCCUGUGCGCCAUUCGCAGAAAAUGGCCUAGAAUAAACUUUUUCUGCCGCUGGGACUGUUCGUUGUAGGCAGGUUUUUGCAGUUUACUGUUUUGAUAUCGCUUUUUCAGUUCCACGGCAAUGGCUCUCAUUUCAUUCGAAUGCACAAGGGAGAAACAUGCGCACAGACAAGUUUUUUCGCCGGCCGGAUGGAUGAUAAUAAUUGUGUUGGACUUGGGAAUAUUUAUGUAAAUUCCGCACGAUGCUUUAUAUGAUUUUUCUUGGAAAUAAAGAGCAAAUUUACUAAAGGGUCUAUCAGUCUGUCGGGAAAAUAAUGUGGAGCGGCUUGGAAUCGCCUUUCAUCGCAUUUUGAAGCCGUGGCUGGAGAUUUGGAGCGCGAUAGAAACGAGGCGGGAAAUUUUGCUGCGACGAAUCCACAUUAUUUUCCCGACAGACUGAUAUUAGCCCCAGGCUAAAUUGAAAGACAUUUCUCUCGGUUCAAAUAAAUCAAAAAAAAAAUCUUUUUUGUUUAGUAAUCAAAAAGACAUUAGCCCUUCUUAUCACUCAACAGAACGGGCAAACUGUCCUUGAUGCUUCAGAUAUAGUGAUAACAAUAAAAUGAAAAAUUUUGUGUAACAAUUGCUAAUUUUUCUUUUUUCAAAUCUCGGGCUCUAAAUGCCCAAAUUUUACAAUUUUAUUUUGUUUCUCCUCUUAGGAGCCGUUGUUUUCUCACUUCCUAAACAUGAUGACAUUUCCAUUCGUGAUGACACGCCUCCGACUUUGACGAUUUACGAUGGACCCGGUUGCAAGGGCAAGAUUUUGGGCUCUGGAUAUUGCGACGCAUGCUUUUCAUGGGAGGGCACGAAUCACACGGGAUUGUCGUUCAAGGUAAGUGCUAUUCAGUUGAUGAACAACAAAGGCGUUUGUCGCGCUUAGCACCAAAAAAUAAAAAGUUCAAAAAAAUCUUUUCUAGCACGAUUAAGGUCAAAGGAAGUUUUAGACAUGAAAUUUUGACUAGAUUUUCACUUCAUAGCUUUGAUUUGUCCCAAAUAUGCCUAACAUGAGAGGUAUAGAUCUGCCGAUAAUGCACAAAAAAAUAAAAUUUUUGAGAUACGACAGCCGAGUGGUAGGCUUUUUCAGGUUGAAGUGCAGUGGCGGACCUGAUCCAGUGGCAAAAAACGUACCAUUUUGCAUCCGAGAAGUAUCAAAAAAUGUAGCAAAAUACCUCCCUCUCCCAGUGAAAAAACUCCGAUUUCAAAAGCGCGGCAGCUCGGGAAAGAGCACGCUCUUAAAAACGGAGUUAUUUUUCUCGGAGAGGGAGGUAUUUUGCUACAUUUUAUGAUACUUCCCGUAUGCAAAAUGGUACGUUUUUUGCCGUUGGAUCAAUCCGCCACUGUACGUUGACAAACAUGAAAAUGGACAGUGCAACUUGGGUGUACUACACAUAAAAUAAGAUUUCAUUUUUUGUGUAGUACACCAAUUUUAAUAGGUUUCUUUUCAAUUUUUUUAGACCUACGGGGUCUUCGAUCACUAUCUUCGACUUUACAUUGGCAAGAAUUGCACAGGCCGCGUCUACUUCCGCGCCCAUCACCCCGACAACGUUUGCGGAACGCUGAGCAGGGAGUGGGGAAACUCCGCGAGGUGCUGGCUUUGA